AAUUUGAUGUUAUUUUAAUGGACAAAAAAUGUGGUUUUCUUUCAAAAACAAGGACAUUUCUAAGUGACCCCAACUUGUGAACGGUAGUGUAUGUGCAUACCAAAACGCAUAUAAGCAUACCACAUGCCUACACAGAUUCAAGCUAUGCAAAUAUAUACACACCCCCUAAAAAAGCUACCAUGUGCACGAAUUCACACAUACUGUAGACACUGUGUUUAAACACAACAUUUAUAAUAGUUCCCCUGUCCACUUCUUUUAUCACAUACUUAGCACACUCUGUCUGCAUAGACCAGAACAAGCACUCAAACACACUAUCUUUUUUUCCCUGUCAAAUGUGUACCCAGACAGUCACCUUCCUCUCCUGCCAAAACCCUGCCAGUCUACUGCCACGCUGGCCUAGUAAGGCUGGACAGCUGGCCUCGCCAUCUCAGUCUCUCCUCCAUAGCCUAUAAGAGCUGUUCCAGACCACUGCUCUUCUUUGCUCUGUCCUCCCCCUCCUCUCUCCUUCCCCCCUAUCCACUCUUCCUCCUCCCCUCCAGCUCUCACUUUCACUCUCCCCAGAAGACCCUUGACUUCCCCAGUCAUCUGGGCAGGCUAAUUAACUCUCUCUCUUUCUCCCUCAUCUCCUCACUCUACCUUUCUCUUUCAGCCUCUCCCUCCUGCUGUGUGUCAGUUAAAUUGCAGCAGUCCAAUCAGACUAAUAACAGGCUGUUUAGCAUUCUGCUUCCGUUGGCGCUGUACUAGCUGGCUUCUCCUCGCCUCUUCUAGGCUCGGUGGAGGAACGGCCCUAAUUGCUUCGCAGCCAUCCCACUUGACUGUGUCCUGUUUUAUAAGCAGGCCGGGAGGAACAUCAUAAGACACUUUACUGGUGAAUCAACAGAUGAGCCAAGGUUGAUCAGGGAGGAUGGAGAAGGUCUGAGGAGAUCUGGUUUAGGUAAACACAAUGUCAGCGAGGACGUGUUAAAUGUUUAAUCCCACCUGAAGAGAGAGAGAGGGCUGAUUUGAACUGAUUGACUGACUCCGACUCACUCAGACUGGGCAGAACCUUGUGGAAUAACAGCUCGGUAUCUUUGUCCUGAUCUCUCCUGGUUUUGACCUACCACCGUGUGUCUAGUCUAGGAAUGUCAGUAUGAUCCUGAGACUUUCCACUGUAUAAACAGAGCCGACUGUAUGAUGCGUAGAUUGCCUCUAGCUAGAUAUUACAAUGACACACGACGGAUCUGUGGUUUUGUUUCCUCACCACUUGUAUCUGGCAGCGGUUGGGGAAAAUUGCAAGCGAAACCUCAGAACGUUGUUUUCUCAAGUUCAGGCAAUCCUAAUGGCGUUAGGUCAAACUACUGUUUUGAUGGGAGGGAGAAUGAUGUUGAAAAUAACAAGCAUCAGAAAUCAAAUAGCUCACUUUGAGAAUCAAGCAGACUCCCUUCACCUCACAAUCCCCCUUGCCUCUCUGAGCCCGUUCCCACAGCUGCAGUGACAGAUCUAUCUCUCUCGUCUAUCUCUCUCCUAUAUUCCCGUCUCUCUCCUUUUUCAUCCCCCAUUCUUAUUUCUCUACCUGAGCCAGCCCCCCCCCCGAGGAGCCAGUCAUGGUGAGCUUCCAAUGGGAUCAGCUUAGAACGUUUGGAUGCUGAUUUAUGUUUCCCAUUCAGAUUUCUAAGUGAAUUUAGGUGAAUUCGUUUUGAAUAAGAUGGUGCCAAUCAUUCCCAUUAAUUUUCUAUUCAGACCUGCACAUUUCUCAUAUUCUGAACCACACAGCGUGUGUGUGUGUGUGUGUGUGUGUGUGUGUGUGUGUGUGUGGUAUAAUAAGCUGGACAUCAGCUUGGUUUCAACCUGUUACCGUUAUUAGCCGGUUAAUCCUGGGAUCAGGCCGGGGUGGGGCUCGUCCCAAUUGGGCUGCUGUGACAGGCAAGAUCUCCUGGGAGCUAGGGGGGAUUAAUGUAGGCUAACUGCCUCUGGCCCCUUCUGGGGCAGUCGGGAGCCAGAGAUGAGGAGGAGAACCAGGGUGGAGCCAAUUAGACUGAGGAGGGCAAUCUGAGUGGAUUAGCAGUACGACUGUACAGGGAAGAUGCAUUAGUGGUGCAGGAUGUAGUUCACGUGUGUGGGGAUGUGGGUAAUGUAUUUACACACUAUGCUGUAUGUGGAUUGUUGUGUUCCUGUCAAUGUGUCUAAAGAAGAGCUCAGAUAUCACUCUCUGAAAGGGUUCUUAAAGGGGUGUAAUGGCUGCGAUAUAGAUCAUUGAUAACCCUUAUGAAUGCCGAGCCCACUCUCGGUAAGUGUGUGACUUGACUUUUCACAUUCUCUUAUCGGUUCCACUGGGGAGAUCGAUAGUUCCUUACUCAUGCCCUACUAAUGCAAGGUUCUCUCGCUCUCACUCACUCACUCACUCACUCACUCACUCACUCACUCACUCACUCACACCUCCCGGCCUGUUUACAGGGGAUUAGCUCCACCUCAGGGGAGAGAGCCAUGCAAGCAUGUCUACCUGCCUGGAAUAUCAAUGGCAACCUAUAAAAUACUUCCUUUUCACUGUUAAGAAAUGGCAUGGGAGCAGGGACAUUUGGAAUACAAUGGGAGACCAACUCCACAAAUCUCAUUGUUACAGGCACCUUUGCUUUCAACAGAUAAAAGGGGGGACAAAGGGUAUUUCUCUGUCCGUGGUGGCCAGAGUAAUUCUCCCUGUAGAGGUGCUGUCAGGACCUGUGCUUUUUGACGUGGCUGGGUCAGUCUGUUUAAAAUGCAUUAGGCCUGGGUCGACAGGGCAGGGAGCAUGGCUCCUCUCUUCUGGGGGACAAAGACCCUUGAAAUUGGUGACAGCAGAGGUGGAUAAGGUGGCUGACCUGUGACCUUAGGUUUGCUGUGCUCCGUCAGAGAUGAUGGAGUGUGUGUGUGUGGUGUGUGUGUGUGUGUGUGUGUGUGUGUGUGUGUGUGUGUGUGUGUGUGUGUGUGUGUGUGUGUGUGUAGAUGGGCUGUUCCUGCCGCUGAACACAGUAUGAUCAGAGAGACACUGAAAUAGAUUUUGGAUUUGCUUCAAAUUCUCUUUUUUGAGGCAAGGUAGGCUAAUACAUGACUAUUCAGUUCUGAAUGAUGUGACGUCCAUCACUUCCUCAUAUUUAAUGAACCAAGGUAUCGGAGCAGAAUUUACAGCUCCCACUCCUCUCUCUCUCUCUCCCUCUGUCCCUGUCUACCAUAUCCUCGGUUUCACUCUCACUCUCUUUCUUUUGUCAUCUCUGUCGCUGCUCCUCCACCCACUAGCUUAAUUACCAGGCUUCAUAGUCAGUUUGCCUGGCAAGGCCUGAUUGCUCUGAGCACUGGAGCUGAGGGCGGAGAAGAAGGGGGAGAACGGAGGGGGGCACGAUAGUGGACUGCAAGAUUGCCAACACACACACGCACACAGGUCCAAUGAAGCACUGAGCCAAUUGGUUUGGGAUAACGUUGGGGAGAAUCAGGAGCUAGAUGGCAGAUACACAGAGGUAACUCUCCAUUGAACAGCUUAAUAUCGUUAAGACAUAAUGGACUGGUGAGCACCUGCUCUCAACACGCCGUCAGCUAUCCCACUGAAGGUAGCGUUUUCAUCCCGCUGACGCCAGGAUCAGACAGGCAAACGGCGAUAGAGGAGCCGAGGCCGUCUUUUUGAAGGCUCCCUCCCUCCUCAAGGUUCAAACUCAUUGUCACCAAUUUAAAAAACGACAUAUCAGAGCAACGCUUUUUCCUUUCACCAUGUCUCCAUUUGAGCACGCUCACAUUACGGUGUGCCUUUGUUGAUGGCGCUCUUGUUUAAUCUCUCGAUAAAUACAAUUGCAUAUUUAAUUGGUCUUGUUAUCUCUGUCACAGUGACACCGGUGUAUGUCUGUCUACAGCAGUGAGACAUUGUCACUCAGUUCGGGGUCUUUGUAUUCAUUAUACUAAGUCAGUGCACUAAGGGAUUUCACUGGCUCUGUGGCCCCUAGCUAAUCAACAGGGAUGUGAUAAUGGGUUAGGGAAAGCGGAAUGUGGGGAUUGGCUUAGGGAUGGCUGGCCGUUCCGUACUGUACGGUGCAGGUCCUGAGGUUGCCCUGGCAACAGGAGGUUUGCUUUAGAAGGACAGUGGAACAUCAAUCAAAUAAAGGCCCUGCCUUUUAUAACAGAUAAGGGGGAUAAAUGCCACUAAAGCAGUAGCUAUCUUAUUGUGUGUGUGUGUGUGUGUGUGUGUGUGUGUCUGUGUCUGUGUCUGUGCCUGUGCCUGUUUGCAUUACUGCGAUGGAUUUCUCAUUAUUCCGUCAGGAGAGUUUGUGUCUUUGUCUGCCUCUUAACUCAAUAUCAUAUGUAUAAUAGAAUUGUCUUGCAUAAACAGAGUUUGACUGAUGACAAGGACCCGGAGCGCUCCUUCUCAUUUUCUACCUGUCUCGUUCUCUCUCAUUCUCUCUGUCUCUCUUUCACUCAUUGCUAAUCGCUAAAUGCUAUUUCGAUUUUCUUCUAACGCUUCCUGGUUAAUUGAUCAGGUAAACCAGAGACAACCAUUGUGUGCCUGCUCUUGAUAGCAAAAGAUUGUAAAUCGUUAUGCUUGAAUGGGGUGUAUAUAUGGUCCAAAUUGACUUGCUGUUGGGUGGCUGGUUGCAGUAUGUUAACUGUUGUUUUUGUGUUGAGAUUUACCGCCGCUGCUGGCUGGUGUUUAAGAAGUCGUCCAGUAAAGGACCACGCAGACUGGAGAAGUACACUGAUGAGAAGUCCGCUUACAUCAGAGUCUGUCCUAAGGUGACCGAGAUCAGCAAUGUGAAGAAUGUCACAAGGCUCCCAAGGGACACCAAGCGCCAGGCAGUAGCCAUCGUCUUUACCGAUGACACCUCGCGCAUGUUCACCUGUGAAUCAGAGCUAGAAGCAGAGGAGUGGUUCAAAACCCUGUCAAUCGAAUGCCUGGGGACCCGCCUCAAUGACAUCAGUCUAGGAGAGCCAGACUUGCUGGCAGCAGGUGUUCAGUGUGAACAUACAGAGCGUUUCAAUGUGUUCCUACUGCCCUGUCCUAACCUGGACAUCUAUGGGGAGUGUAUGAUGCAGAUCACCCAUGAGAAUAUCUACCUGUGGGACAUCCACAACCCUCGCACCAAACUGGUCACCUGGCCUCUCUGCUCCCUGCGCCGCUACGGACGAGAUGCCACGCGCUUCACCUUCGAGGCUGGACGGAUGUGUGACAGUGGAGAAGGCCUGUACACAUUCCAGACGCGGGAGGGAGAACAGAUCUACCAGAGAGUCCACUCCUCCACCCUGGCCAUCGCUGAGCAGCACAAGAGAGUUCUGAUGGAGAUGGAGAAGAACAGCAGAUUGUCUAAAGGUUCUGAGACGGGCUCCUACCCCUGUACACCCACGGCCAUCCUGCCCCGCAGUGCCUUUUGGCACCAUAUCACUGGCACUCAGGGGGGCAUGGACCCAGCCCAUGGUGACAUGUUUGGUGGUUCUCAGACUGGCGCUGAUGCAGACCUGCUCUCCACCCGACUGCCCUCAGAGCCACGCCACUCUACCAUGCCCCUGGCACACAGCCAACACUCCCCCGUCCGCUACCCCACCUACCCCAGCCAGUGAUCCCAGGGGUGCAUUGCAGACCCCUAGCCUCCUCCACCACAACCCUACCCGAACACUCCUCCCUUUCUCUGCAGCGCUCACCUCGACUCCAAGCCCCCUCAUCUACCCUCCAGCCAAUCAGGUUGGGGUGGGGUCAUAGGACCUACCCUAAAGCUGGUAGCUCUGUGAAGCAGGACGUGACAGCGCCUUUAGUCUUCUCUUCAAAGGCUGGUUACCUGAAGGAACUUCAACCCCCAGAAUCCCUCACUGUGGGGUCAAAGUGCAUUGUGUGAGCCGGCAGUGGCAUGUUGCCUCUUAGUGAGCUGACAUUGUGGCAUGGUGCAUCGCUCUCUACUCUGCUGUGGGCAUGGAGGAGGAACAGAGGAGGAUGGGUGUGAGCUGUAAGGAUGUGAUUUAGUGGGUGUCCUCUCUUCUAACCCCUGUGAAAUCGUGUUUUUUUUUCUGGCGGGAUUCACCUCAGCCCCCUUCGCGAAAGACCUCUACUUGUACCUCAUGCCAGCUCUUAGCAAAGUUCAAUGUUACGGGCUCAGGACGUCCCCAUAUAGCUCUUAUUGGGGGUCAGAACAGAAGGACCCCUUCCUACCAUCCAGCUCCAGCAUGAUAAUGAUUGUGGCGCUAGCUCCAACCCAUAACCUCAAUCUGACAGACACGUAUGUAAGACAACAGUUUCCUCCCAAGAACUGGCCUUGGCUUCCAAGUCUGUGUGUGUGUGGGUGGAAGAGAGAUUGUCCCUGGACUAUCAUCCAAACAAACUCCUGGUCUAAUUCCACAGAGAAACAAUGGACCACUUGUCUUUCAUCUUUCUUUCUUUUACUUAAAAAACAACUUGUAGCAGACUUAACAACCUGACUUUACCUUGUAUUCUGUUCUGUCUGAUAAAGACAAUAGACAUAGAUUUUUCUGGGAGGAUAGAGAGAGGCGAGGGAG